AUGGCAGAAGAGGUGCGCUCCAUUAUUCUGCACUCAACGGAUCCUGACUGGCGGUACCCAUCUCAGAGUGCACACAUUGCCAAACGACAACGGGUUAUGGCCCCGCCGGAUGGCUUCUCUAAAUCGGUCACCAAACGUAAAGUAAGGCCAGCGCCACAAUCACUGCCCAAAAUACAGGAUUUUGCUUCUGCUUUUGGUGAUGUUCUUGCUGGUCCUUCGACUUCUUCUGGGUCAGCGUCUGGACAACGCAAAAUGCGCAGGGUCGACCACCCGUUCGCUUUUGAUGGCGCGAAGGCAGCUUCAAUUCAGCCACCUACCACAAUGCGGGGUCUACCUACGACGGCUUCCCGAGUCCAACCCUCGGACUCAACACUUUCUGUGAAUGAUCCAAUGCGUUUUCAAUCGUCUUCGGUGAACAGCAAACCCCCUAGACCAAAGGCUGAUAACCUGCAUCCGAAAAACCUUCGUAUUCUACUGAAGCCUCAGGGACUAGAUGACUCGCGAGACAAGGUCUACAUGAAGAGGGCAUUGAUAACUCCACCGAACCUAUCUUUGGAAAGCUCAAUGGCUUCAGGGUCCAAGAAACCGCUGUCACGCAAGCUCCCGGAUCCUCCUCCGUUGCCUGCUCCCGAGGCACCGCCACCGACUACACCCAAACGUCUUCGUACUAUCAAUACCACGAGGAUGGCUCUUGUAACCGAUCCUACUAGCUCUGAUGGAGCCGCCGAACUGCUCUCUUUGUUUCUGCAGGACAAGAAAUACACAUUUGCGAAGAAGUCAGGAGCUGCAGCUGCAGAAGAUGAGGCCAAUCGCGGUGUGAAUCUCAGCCCCGAGAAACGAGGCAAAGGCGGUCCAAAGUUCACACGUGGCGGCCUUGCGGAGCGAGCCAGUCAACUCUUUUCGCAAACACAUACGUCUAUCUCACUUUGGCAAAGGGAGACAGAAAUCCUCUAUCGAUCGUCGCCGACCUCCCUUGUACCUGACUUACGUCUUAAAAUAACCCGCAUUCUCCAUGCCCCUGGGCCCAACUUGACGACAUACUGUGGAUUGGCUGAGUGCACACGGCUGAACCGAGAAGUGGCGCCGCAACUACUUCCCAGUACACCUUUCUUUCUCGGUCCAUCUAAACGUACUGAGACGCCCUAUCUGGUCCUCUUCUCCUUCACUCAACCUCCGCUUGCCUAUUCUGCCGACCUUGGGAUCCGAACGGCUACACGGUUUACCGAAGGUCGGGAAGUGCUCGUAUGGCGACCUUGGCAAGAAGCGAACGUCACGUUUGAACAAAUGUCUAAUGUUUCCGGAGACUCAGAUACCAGAUCCGAGGAGGCUCGAAAGGUCCUAUUCUGUUCUCGGUUUAUGAUUAAAACAUAA